CCCAGCCCCUGGCAACAGAAACAUCAACAUCCAGCUAGUUGAAUGAGGAGAAUAUGAUAGCGUCGUGAAAUCAACAUAAUUGGAGUAGUUUGAAGGAAUUCCAAUUACCUUUGAGACACUCUUGUGUCAAUGUUACAAACAUAAUGCAAGCGGACGACGCAAGAUACUUGAAAAGGAAGGUGAAGGGCGGUAGCUUGGAUGUACACCCUACAGAGAAAGCCCUUGUCGUUCAGUAUGAGGUGGAGGCGACAAUUUUGGGAGAGAUGGGGGACCCAGUGGUGGGGGACCGCAAGGAAUGUCAGAAAAUCAUCCGCCUGAAGAGCCUGAAUGCCAACACGGACACAGCCUCACUGGCACGCAAGGUGGUGGAGGAGUGCCGCCUGAUCCACCCCUCCAGAGUCAACGAGGUGGAGCACCUGCUCAAGUACCUGCUUACGCGCAAGAAGGCAGGCAAUAAUCUGGAAAAACGAGAAAAGACGCCUAUUAAGCCCAGAGACCUGGCCCCCUUUGAAGGCAUGGAGGUAAGCAUGCUGGAUGAGGAGGCCAACAUCAACAGCAUAGAUGACUAUGUGGAGCUCCUGUAUGAGGACAUCCCAGAGAAGAUCCGCGGGGCCACCCUCAUCCUACACCUCGCCCGCAACCCAGACAACCUGGAGGAGCUCCUGCAGAAUGAGACAGCCUUGGGAGCCCUGGCCAGAGUCCUGAGGGAGGACUGGAAGCACAGUGUGGACCUGGCCACCACCAUCAUCUAUGUCUUCUUCUGCUUCUCAAGUUUCUCCCAGUUCCACGGCCUCAUCACACACUACAAGAUCGGCGCUCUCUGCAUGAACAUCGUGGAGCACGAGCUGAAGCGCUACGACCUCUGGCAGGACGAGCUGCAGAAGAAGCAGAAGGCUUGUGAUGAUGAACCCGACAACCAGAAUGUGAAGAAGGAGUAUGAGAAGGCCUUCAAGAAGUACCAGGGCCUCCUGGUCAAACAGGAGCAGCUGCUGCGAGUGGCGCUGUACCUGCUGCUGAACCUGUCUGAGGACACGCGCACGGAGCUGAAGAUGCGCAACAAGAACAUCGUGCAGCUGCUGGUGAAGACGCUGGAGAGGGACAGCCAGGACCUGCUGGUGCUCGUGGUCUCCUUCCUCAAGAAGCUCAGCAUCUUCAUGGAGAACAAGAACGACAUGGCUGAGAUAGACACAGUGGAGCGUCUGGCGCGGCUGGUGCCAUGUGACCAUGAGGACCUGCUGAACGUCACCCUGAGGCUGCUCCUCAACCUCUCCUUCGACACCGGCCUGCGCAGCCGCAUGGUGCAGGUCGGACUGCUGCCCAAGCUCACCGCCCUGCUCGGUGAUGAGGUCCAGAGGCAGAUGGCCAUGUGUAUCCUGUACCACAUCAGUGUGGAUGACCGCUUCAAGUCCAUGUUCGCAUACACCGACUGCAUUCCACAGGUGAUGAAGAUGGUGUUUGACUGUGGUGAGGAGCGCAUCGAGGCCGAGCUCAUCUCCUUCUGCAUCAACCUGGCGGCCAACAAGAGGAAUGCACAGAUCAUCUGCGAAGGCAACGGCUUGAAGAUGCUGAUGAAGAGGGCUCUGAAGAUGAAGGACACCCUGCUGAUGAAGAUGAUCAGGAACAUCUCACAGCAUGACGGACCCACCAAGAACUUCUUCAUCGACUAUGUGGGUGACCUGGCGGCCCAGAUCUGCCCUGAGGAGGAUGAGGAGUUUGUGAUGGAGUGCCUGGGCACCCUGGCCAACCUCACCAUACCCGACCUGGACUGGGAAAUGGUGCUCAAGGAGUACAACCUAGUGCCCUACCUCACCGAGCGACUCAAGCCUGGCUCUGCGGAGGACGACCUGAUCCUGGAGGUGGUGAUCAUGAUCGGCACCGUCUCCAUGGACGACUCCUGUGCAGCCAUGCUGGCCAAGUCAGGCAUCAUCCCUGCACUCAUCGAGCUGCUCAAUGCCCAGCAGGAGGAUGAUGAGUUUGUGUGCCAGAUCGUGUAUGUCUUCUACCAGAUGGUCUUCCACCAGGCCACCAGAGACGUCAUCAUAAAGGAGACCCAGGCGCCAGCGUACCUCAUCGACCUCAUGCACGACAAGAACGCAGAGAUCCGCAAAGUGUGUGACAACACCCUGGACAUCAUUGCUGAGUAUGACGAGGAGUGGGGCAAGAAGAUCCAGACGGAGAAGUUCCGCUGGCACAACUCCCAGUGGCUGGAGAUGGUGGAGACGCGCAGCAUGGAGGAGGACCAGCCCUUCCUGUACGGGGACGACGGGGAACCCUUCCUGCAUAAUGGAGACAUCCUGGAGAGACCAGACCUCUUCUAUAGUGCAGACGGCAUCAUCCCCACCGAUGGGACCAUCAGCCCCGAUUUCUACACAGACUACCAGAACGGUGAUAUGGGGGGCUCUGUGACUGAGAGCUUCGUCCAAUCAGCCGGGACUCCGGUGCGGCCCACCACGGCCUAUGGCUUCCGCCCCGAUGAGCAGUUCUACUACGGCUACGGAGCAUCGCGAUGAAGACUCAACACACACACCACACACACAGAGUCUACACACGGGCACACACACACACACACACACACACACACACACACACACACACACACACACACACACACACACACACACACACACACACACACACACACACACACACACACACACACACACACACACACACACACACACACACCUCACAACUCCAGGAAGUCUCAUACUUUAUCCUGGGAAAAUACUCAUAUUCAUAUUCAUUUAUUGUACAAUUUGUGCAGCUAAGAAAACGGCAUAAAGAGGACACACACACACACA